CGUAACACGUGAUAUUUUACAUGCGUGUUUCAACUUCCAACAGUUCCAAGUAAAAUCUAAAUCAAAUUUAUAGUUUUGAUUGUUUCCAAAAGCUAACACCUGAAGUAUUUUACAAACUAUGGCCGAACCGCGCAAAGUACACGUCGGAAACCUUCCAUUUAAAAUAUCACAAGAGGAAAUUCGCGAAGCUUUUGAAAAAUAUGGCGCCGUUGAAGACGUCAUCAUUGUGAGUGACAGGGAUACUGGCAGACCUCGUGGUUUUGGAUUUGUCACAUUUGAAAAUGAAGAAGAUGCCAAGGAAGCCAUUAAUGGACUGGAUGAAACGGAGCUUGGUGGACGUAACAUUAGAGUGAGCGAGUCGAGACCUCGUCGGGAAGGUGGUGGUGGACGUGGUGGUGGCCGCAGUUAUGGUGAUGGUGGGUAUAGUAGAGGUGGUCGAGGUAGUUAUGGUGGUGAUAGAUAUGGUGGUGGUGGUUCUGACCGAGGAUAUGGAGGUGGUGACAGAUACAGUAGUGGUAACAGAUAUUGAAACUUUCAUAGGCUCGGGAUGACAAAAUGAUCGAAUCGUACUCAGUGAAUCUCUUGUUAUGUAUCAAUUAUGACAUUGGCCGAUCCAACAAAGAGUCAUGGCCAAUUGAUCUCUAGGUGAUCCAUGUUCGCGAGAGAAGUCUACCCGUGCAAUGAUGUCAACUUUUUUUUACUUAUUGUCAAUGUUGUCCGAUUAAAAUAUGAUUAUUGGA